AUGUACGAAGGGAUUGACAACCUGAAAUCCCUUUACGACCGUGCCGGGAAGACUUUCUCCGGCGGUCCUUCUGCGGCACAGGAUGUGCCGCGUCGUACUGCUCGACCAGACCCAGUACGUCAACCAUCAGUUGGGAGCGGGGCUCCCAAGUAUCCCAGGACGGGGGAUAACCGCGCCAUUGGACGAGGUAACUCGUCCGACAUCCGUUCACAUCGCGGUGGUUCAACAGCUGCUCAAACAGAUAGCGCUGGCCACCGUGAGAGUCCUCUAAUGGAGGUGGAGGAGGAGGAAAAACGCUCUCUAAACUAUCGCGGGGAAGCGUGUGUCCCCGAGAGCUUCUUUGAUCGCGUAACGCAAGGGUUACGCGGCGAUCUCGAGCAUGAGCGGGACAGGCGUCUCCAACUGACGGACACUGUCUUGAAGCAUCGAGCUGAGUUUGCUCAGCUUGAGAACGAGAGAGCUUUGACGUCUCUGCGUGACGAGCUAAGGGUAGCUCGUGGAGAUAUUGACCGGUCUAAGGCUGAGAAAACUGCUCUUCAGACCUUUUUCGAUAUCCACCAACGGGAGCACAAGGCCCUCUGUGAGAUGCUUAAGCGCAAGGGCGUUCUUCAUCGGAAGAAACAGCGUACUGAUGGUACGGCUUAA